AUGCCUCAGGACGCCGCGCAGCACGAUCCUCCCCUGGCGUCGCCUGUCAUCUGCUCCGGUGCUCUACGCCAACGAGAUCCUUCAGUCUUCAACGGCAGCGACGACCAUGACGUGGAGGAUUGGCUCUCGUCAUACGAUCACAUGAAGAGGAGGAAGAAGAUGGAGAAGGAUGCCCAGACUACAGUCGCAGUUUUCGCUCUGACAGUGGCCGCGCUUUCGCUGUGCGGUCUGCUGGCGCUGCUGUACCGGUUCGUGUGGCUCGCCGGGCGCGAACCGGCGUCGCUCGCGGACAGCCUCGGCGGCACCGUCAAGGGGAUCGACCACUGCGAGGGCUUCCCCGGCGGCAGUGCUGACAGCAACGUGACCGAGUACCUCGGCGUUCCGUACGGCCGCGUCGGGCAGUCGGGUCGCUUCGCGGAGGCCGCCUUCGUCGAGUACCGGCCGGGCAUGCCGCUGCGGUUUGGCGGCGUACCCGCCUGCCCGCAGUAUCCGUGGAGCCCCGUGCCCAGGCUGCCCACAGUCGGCACGAGCGGCUCGGACGACUGCCUCUACCUCAACAUCUGGAUGCCCGGACGCCAGGCCACGAUCAGCAGCGGCGGUCGGUGUCGCGCCCGACCCGUGGUGGUGGUGCUGCACGGAGGCCGCUUCCAGUUCGGCGGCGGGGGCACGUACCCCUUCUACGAGGGCCGGCGGGCGGCCGCGCUGUGGGACGCCGUCGUGGUCGUGCCCGCGUACAGGGUGGGCGCCUUCGGAUUCCUCAACAUGCUCGUGCCCGAGGCGCCCGGCAACGUCGGCCUGCUCGACCAGGCCCUGGCCAUCCGAUGGGUGCACAGGUACAUCCACUAUUUCGGCGGCGACAAUCAACGCGUCACAUUGCUCGGCCAGGAUGCUGGUGCCACAUCCAUCGGCUACCACCUAGCGCGCAACGACACGCCGCCUAUACGACGCGCUAUUCUGAUGAGCGGCUCGCCGUUCGCGCCACAGCCGGCCAACGCGGGUCAGCGCGCCCUGCUCAACGGCAACGCCUUGGCCGACAUGCUCGGUUGUGGCAGCCGGCGCGACCAGCCGGACACCGCGACGCGACGACGGGUGGUCGAGUGCCUGCGGAAGCGCAGCGCGUUCGCCACGGUCCUGGCCACCGACGAGCUGGCCACCAGCAGCGACCUCGUCCUCUUCGCUCCCAGCGCGAACCGUGACUUCCCGUGGAAGCUGGCGGGCCCCGUGCUCUCCGAGGCAAGACUCAAGAAAGUCGACUUCCUGGUGGGCGUCGCGAGGGACGAAGGCACGUUGCACGUGUCCGAACUGAUGCAGGCGUUCAGCUUGGCGGCCGACCAAACACUAACACCCCGAAGGUAA